AUGUGGUGUGUGACAUCAGUUGAAUAUAGUGUUUUGUUAAAUGGUCAACCCCGUGGGUCCAUAGUACCGGCUAGAGGACUCCGGCAGGGAGAUCCCUUGUCAUCUUAUCUUUUUAUCCUCUGUACGGAGGUCCUUAUUGCAAAUUUACGGAAGGCGGAAAGGUCUAAACUUAUCACGGGGAUUAAAGUCUCCACUGCGUGCCCGACAAUUUCACAUUUACUGUUUGCAGAUGAUAGUCUGUUUUUCUGUCGGGCCACAAAGGAGCAGUGUGAAGUUAUUCUGGGGAUUCUAAGGGAAUAUGAACGUAUUUCUGGACAGAGGAUAAACUUCCAGAAAUCCUCAGUUCAAUUUGGACAUACAGUAGAUGCGGGAGUGCGUGAAGAUUUAAAAGGUAUUCUGGGCAUUACUACUUUAGGUGGUAUGAGCUCCUAUUUGGGAAUCCCAGAAAGUCUUGGUGGGUCGAAAACCAAUAUAUUCUCUUUCGUCCAAGAUCGGUUACAAAAACGGGCUGGUGGCUGGCCUGCCAGGUUACUAUCCCGGGGAGGGAAAGAGGUUAUGAUCAAAUCGGUUGCAACCGUUGUCCCGACCUUUGUCAUGUCCUGUUUUAGAAUUCCGAAAACAGUUACACGGAAACUUACGAGUGCCAUCUCUAAUUUUUGGUGGUGCUCUUCGGGAGAAACUCGGGGUUUACACUGGAUUGCCUGGGACAGGCUGUGUGCUGACAAGACGGAAGGUGGUUUGGGUUUUAGGUGUCUGGAUGAUUUCAAUACCGCACUGCUGGCUAAGCAACUUUGGCGGUUGAUCUCAGUUCCAGAUUCCUUAUUUGCAAAGGUCUUCAAAGGACGUUAUUAUAGGCAUUCUGAUCCAUUGGAUCCUAUUAAAUCUUAUUUCCCAUAUUAUGGAUGGCGUAGUUUGAUUUCUGCUCGCUCUCUGGUGAACAAAGGACUCAUUAAACGGGUAGGAACUGGGGCCUCCAUUUCAGUAUGGUCAGACCCUUGGAUACCUGCUCAAUCCCCGAGACCAGCAUUGUGUUCAGGAUCGCCAGUUGAUCCAACACUCCGAGUUGAAAAUUUCAUUGACAGGACUUCACGUUCCUGGGAUUUGGCAUUGCUUUCGGCUUCGUUCGAGGCGGAGGAUGUAGCCCUUAUUUCUGCAUUACCCCUUGGCAAUCUUUCCACACCGGAUAGUUUGGGGUGGCAUUUGACUAAAACCGGUGUUUAUACUGUUAAAUCAGGAUAUCAAGCUUUGCGGCAGAAACCAGAAAGUGGUCUCCCCAUUUCCGGUCCCAAUAUUAUCCCUCUACAGACAUUUGUUUGGCAAAUUCGAUGCCCACCAAAACUCAGACAUUUUCUGUGGCAAGCAAUUACAGGUUGCAUGGCAACCACAGCUAAUCUCCGACGCCGUGGAUUAAGUUGUGAUAUGGAAUGCACAAUUUGUGAGGGACGGAGGAGACAGUUAAUCAUGCUCUCUUUUUAUGUCCUCCGGCUAGGCAGGUUUCAAGACAUUCCUUCGGUAGACAUGUUCCCAUGGAUUCUAUGGUAUAUCUGGAAGGCCCGAAAUGAUAAAUUAUUCAGUAAUUUGGACUCCAACCCGGUAGCAAUUAUACGGUUGGUGGAGGAGGAAUCCAGACUUUGGUCUUCAGCUCAGGACGAUCUGCCGGGAUCUCUCCCUUCUAGUAUCCCUCGGCCUCCAUCUAGAGUUAUGACUCAGACUUGUAACACAGGUCAUGGCUUUGGGUCUAGUCAUCAAUGCUUUGUAGAUGGCUCUUGGAAGGCGACUGAUCAGUUUAUGGCUAGAGGAUGGUAUUGCAUUUCUCCGGUGGGAGAAUUUCCCACCAUGGGUGCAUCUAAUUCUCGCCGUAGCUUGUUGCCACUACAUGCAGAGGUAGAGGCCCUUGUCUGGGCAAUGAGAUGUAUGAUUGGUGCUGACAACGAGAAAGUCGUCUUUCUCACAGACUGUUCUGAUUUGGUGAAGAUGGUUUCCUCGCCUUCCGAAUGGCCUGCUUUCAAGACAUACCUGGACGCUAUCGAAGAAGAUAAAGGGGAAUUUUUGUCUUUCUCUCUAGUUCAGGUACCAAGAUCACAAAAUGGUAGAGCAGACAAACUGGCGCGUCGAGCUAGAGUGGAAUCGCUUCCAAUCACCUUUGUGAACAAUUUCCCUUUUAAUUGGCUCGUUUGA